ACAGCUCCUCUCCUCUGCCUGUCAGCCCUAUCAAAUCUCUCUCCAUCCCUGGCCAGUGAACAGCCUCUCGUGGCCGCAACUCCCGAUCGCGAACGCCAAACCACCUGAGAAAACAGAAACCAAGGAUGAGGAUCAAGAACAAGGCGGUUUUGUUUCUUCUUCUAUGUAUAUCAGCGAACGAUGAAGGGAAUAGAACCACCCCAUCAUGGGUUGCAUUCACUGACAACGGACCUCUCAUUGGAGAGGCAGCCAAGAAUCAAGCCCCUCUAAAUGCAGAGCGCACCAUCUUUAACGUCAACUGUCUAAUUGGGAAAAUGUAAGUGUACAUUCUCCAACAUUUAAAUUAGUUGAUUUGUGGGUUUUUGAAAUUUCUUGUAUUGGAGUGUGAAUUAAAUUGGAUUUGGUUUUGGGUUCCCUGGUAGGUUUGAUGAUCCGGAUGUUCAGAGAGAUAUAAAAUUUUUGCCUUAUA